ACACGGUAGUGAAGAAGACAUCCUGUGAGUGUGUGACAAACCAGCAGCCGUCCCCUUGUGUCAGGAGGACUGAGCAGGACCCAAAGCCCCAUCACGGUGCCUCCACCUCACUCACUGAUACAUGAUAGACAAAGUGACCAGAAGGUCCUGGAACUCACUAACAAGAUCAUUCAGCUGCUGACUGAAGAGGAUGGGGAGUAUAUAGAGGAACAAAGGGAUCUGUACAAGGACGUGAUGAUGGAGAAUCACCGGCCCCUCCCAUCACUGGCUAAAAGGAGACAGUCAUGUAUUGUACAGGGGAGAGCAGAUGGACCCAGUGACAGAGAUACCCCAGAGAGAUGUCACCGUCCUCUGUAUUCCCAGGAUUGUACAGAGGAGAAUCACAGGAUCCCAAAGGAGGAUCAGGGUGAAGAUCUGAUUAUUAUUACGGUAGAAGAUACAGAGGGAGAAGAAGAGACGUAUGUGACUGAUAGAAAGGCAGAAGAUACAGAGGGAGAAGAAGAGAGACAUGUGACUGAUAUGAAGGCAGAAGAUAGAGAGGGAGAAGAAGAGACGCAUGUGACUGAUAUAAAGACAGAAGAUACAGAGGGAGAAGAAGAGGCGUAUAUGACUGAUACUACAGAAGAUAUAGAGGGAGAAGAAGAAGAGACGUCUGUGACUGAUAUAAAGGCAGAAGAUACAGAGGGAGAAGAAGAGAUGAAUGUGACUGAUAUAAAGGCAGAAGAUAUAGAGGGAGAAGAAGAGACGUAUGUGACUGAUAUAAAGGCAGAAGAAACAGAGGAAGAAGAGACGUAUGUGACUGAUAUAAAGGCAGAAGAUACAGAGGGAGAAGUAGAGACGUAUAUGAUGGGUGAUCAGCAGUGUAAGGAGGAGGAAAUCCCUAGAGAUAUCAGCACAGCAGAUGGAUGCACAAGAAGGAAUCCUACGGAGGGACAUCUCAUUUUGUCUCCAGAUUUUAAAAUAGAAAAUAACAUCACACAAGAUUCUUCAGAAGAAAACCUUGCUACCCUAAAAAUACAUCCAGUAUUUAUCAGGGCAGAUAAAUCAUCGGAGCCCUCUAAUCAUAAGGAAUGUUCUACUGAUAAAUUAGUUAUUGCUACACACAGUACAACUGAUUCUGCUUUUAUAUGUACUGAGUGUGGGAAAUGUUAUAAAAUGAUCAAAAGUCUAAUUAGGCAUCAGAAAAAUCACACAGGUGAAAAACCAUUUCCAUGUUCUGAGUGUGGAAAAUGUUUCAGUGAUAAAUCAAAUCUUGUUAUACAUGAGAGAAGUCACACAGGUGAGAAGCCAUUUCCAUGUUCUGUGUGUGGGAAAUAUUUCAGAAAUAAAUCACAUCUUGCAAGACAUGAGAGAACUCACACAGGUGAGAAGCCAUUUUCAUGCUCUGAAUGUGGAAAAUGUUUCAUAAAUAAAUCACAACUUGUUAUACAUGAGAGAAAUCACACAGGUGAGAAACCAUUUCCAUGUUCUGUGUGUGGAAAAUGCUUCACAAAUAAAUUGCAUGUUGUUAGACACGAGAGAAGUCACACAGGUGAGAAGCCAUUUCCAUGUUCUGUGUGCGGGAAAUGUUUUACACAGAAAACAGUUCUUGUUGCACAUCAGAGAAGUCACACAGGUGAGAAGCCAUUUUCAUGUUCUGUGUGUGGGAAAUUUUUCAGAAAUAAAUCACAUCUUGUUAGACAUGAGAGAACUCACACAGGUGAAAAACCAUUUACAUGCUCUGUGUGUGGGAAUGUGUUUACACGUAAAUCAAGUCUUGUUGAACAUCAGAGAACUCACACAGGAGAGAAGCCAUUUUCAUGCUCAGAGUGUGGGAAAUGUUUUACACACAAAUCAUAUCUUGUUGCACAUCAGAUACUUCACACAGGAGAGAAACCAUUUUCAUGCUCAGAGUGUGGGAAAUGUUUUACACACAAAUCCUAUCUUGUUGCACAUCAGAUACUUCACACAGGUAUGAAACCAUUUUCAUGCUCCGAUUGUGGGAAAUGUUUUACAAAGAAAUCAGUUCUUGUUACACAUCAGAGAAGUCACACAGGAGAGAAACUAUUUCCGUGUACUGUGUGUGGGAAUUGUUUCCUGUCUAAAUCACAUCUUGUUAGACAUGAGAGAACUCACACAGGUGAGAAGCCAUUUACAUGCUCUGUGUGUGGGAAUGUGUUUGCAAGUAAAUCAAAUCUUGUUGAACAUCAGAAAACACACACAGGUGAGAAACCAUUUCCAUGCUCUGAGUGUGGGAAAUGUUUUACACAGAAAUCAGUUCUUGUUGCACAUCAGAGAAGUCACUCAGGUGAGAAACCAUUUCUAUGCACUGAGUGUGGGAAAGGUUUCAUAACUAAAUCACAUCUUGUUAAACAUGAGAGAGCUCACAGAUGAGAAUCCAUUUACAUGCUCUGAGUGUGGGAAUGUGUUUGCUCGUAAGUCAAAUUUUGUUGAACAUCAGAGAACACAUACAGUUGUGGAAAAAGUUUCCUUAAAAAUUCAGCUCUUGUUACACAUCCGAGAAGUCACACUGGUGCGAAACCAUUUCCAUGCUCUGAUUGUGGGAAAUGUUUUAGACAGAAAUCAGUUCUUGUUGCACAUCAGAGAAGUCACACAGGUGAGAAACCAUAUCCAUGCUCUGAAUGUGGAAAAUGUUUCAUAACUACAUCACAUCUUAGACAUAAGAGACCUCAACACGGGUGAAAAGCCAUUUCCAUGUUCUGAGUGUGGGAAUGUGUUUCCUUUUUUUGGUAUACAUCUGAGAGAGCACACCGAGUGAAAUACAUUUCCAUGAGUUUAUAGACCCUAGAAGAAGCUGCAGUAAUAUUUUAAAUAAUGUAAAAUCCAUUGAUAUUAUUCAUAAACAUAAUCACAGGCAAAAGAACAUUUUCAGUGUAAACUCAAAAAUAUAUAGACUACACCGUGUUAUGGAGGACAGGCAAUAUAUGCAGAUGCUCUCUGUAUUGUAUGGCGUUUACUAGAUUUCUAUUUUAUAUCAGUUGCUAUACUCUCUAUUGUAUGGUGGUCACUAGGAUGAUUUUUUUUAUGGCAGUCACUAAGAUGCGCUAUUGCAGUACUCAAACUCCGUACUCAGGACCUCACACAGUUCACUUUUUCCAGAUGACCAAGCAGGUGUACUAAUUACUUACACAUUUUAAAAGAUGAACUUGUGAUUCUGUAAGGAGAUCAGGAAAACAUGCACUGUGUGGGGUCCUGAGUACCGAGUUUGAAAACCUAUUCUCUAUUGUAUAUUAGUCACCAAAAUGUCCUGUUUAUUGGUCACUUGGCUGCUUUAUGUAUUUGGUUGCAUUAGGAUACUCUUAACUGCACCAAUAUUUCACAUCCCUCCACUCUCCCCCCCCCCCACCCCCCCCCCCCACACACACACACAAGGUAAGAGUGUGAACAUUAUAAACACCUAUGUAUGGUCCGAUUUUUAUAUUGUGCUCUAAGUUGUCAUGAUUUGUCUACUUGUGUGUUAGCUGUGCCUGCCAUUGCUGUGUUUCCACCUACCUUUGUGCGCUCUAUUUGCCUUGCCUAUCAUGGAUGUGGUUAGUGAUAGCGGUAUCCUAGCCCCGACUACGAGACCACUUCCAGAAUUUUUUCCAUGGCUAAUUUACGUUUCUCUUACAUCCUAGAGGAUGUUGGGGACUCCGUAAGGACCAUGGGGUAUAGACGGGCUCUGCAGGAGACAUGGGCACUCUAAAGACUUUUGAUGGGUGUGCACUGGCUCCUCCCUCUAUGCCCCUCCUCCAGACCUUAGAUCCUGUGCCCAGAGGAGACUGAGUGCACUGCAGGGGAGCUCUACUGAGUUUCUCUGUAAAAGACUUUUGUUAGUUUUUUUAAUUUUGCUGGCAACACGCUCCCUGCAUUGUGGGACUGAGGGGAGAGAAGCAGACCUACUUAAAUGAUAGGCUAUGCUUCUUAGGCUACUGGACACCAUUAGCUCCAGAGGGUCGGAACGCAGGUCUCACCCUCGCCGUUCGUCCCGGAGCCGCGCCGCCGUCCUCCUCACAGAGCCGGAAGAUAGAAGCCGGGUGAGUAUGAGAAGAAAGAAGACUUCAAAGGCGGCAGAAGCCUUCGUGUCUUCUAUGUGGUAACCGCUGCGCGCCAUUGCUCCCAACACACACACACUGGCAGCACUGUAUGGGUGCAGGAGGGGGGCGCCCUGGGCAGCAAUUAUACCCCAUGGUCCUUACGGAGUCCCCAGCAUCCUCCACGGACUAGGAGAAAAAGAUUUACCGGUAGGUUUAAAAUCUCAUUUUCUCUUGCAUCCAUAAGGGAUAUUGGGGAC